AUGGAGGUCAACGAUCCACGAUCUCUCGACGCGGGGUUGCUGGAUGGCGCACCCAGUACAAAGGCUGCACAAACUAACAGUUACGCAACACAGGGAACUGAACGCACGGAUGCUCCUCUCAGCAGCAGUCGUAGCCGGGCAAUGAGCUCGUUUCUUUCCUCCAGUACAAAUGUGGUCCUUGGUCCUGCAGAACUCGCAGCGGCCCGCGGGCCCUGGGCACUAUUCUGCUUCAAAGUGCGGAAUUCGCAGCUAUCUAGGACUUUGCUUAUUCUGUGUGUCAUACUGGACUGCAUUGGAACUUCUUUGGAGGCUAUGAACGUGAGUUCUCUUGCUUUGUUUUGGGGGAUGCGCCUUCCUGCGUUCAUCGGCUUCGCCUGCCUGGUGACAACAGGAGCGUGCUCUCGGGGACUCUGGUCAACCAGGCGGGCAUACUUUCGUACAUGGUCUGGGUGGCUUGACUUAUUCUUCUUACUGAAUAUUACAACUGACCUAGUCUACAACCUUGGAGUCGAAGUGGGCUGGUGGACGUAUGCGCCAGUGGCCUUCGCCAUUGUCUCCGUCCUCCGGAAUAUGCGGGCGUGGUCAAUCCUAAGGAUCUGCCGUGCAUUUCGCUUAACCAUAAUCCACUUAACUCGCAGCGCUAAUGACCUUGCAGCUGUAUGCAUCUUCAUAGUAGUUUUUUCCCUACUAGUACUAGUCGUGCUGCUGCAUUUCUUUGGCUUCACUUGCUGGUAUCGUUGCUAUCCGGAUUUACCACUACCACCCGAGGUCCAGGCAAGCGAUUCAUGUUCUGCAGACAGCUUUUUUUGGGACCUUGACGAGUCUCAGUCUCUCUUCUGCUCCAACUUCAUCUCUCCCUGCAAAGGAAGCACGCACUGCCGCAAUCUCUUCCUCUAUUCGGUGACUUCUUCCUGCACCGCCCACGAGCGCAAACGUCUUCAGGACAGGGCCUGGCAAGAGCUGCAGACAAAUGAACAGGCGGGCUAUGGAGCUUUUGGUGUCCAAACGUUAGGAGCCGCCGCAGUAGCUCUCCUUCAAGGGUUCACUCAGGAAGGAUGGUCCGCUACAAUGCAGAGUCUUGCAAACGGUGAUCACCGCAGUAACGGAGCUGUAGCAUAUAUAACGUUUCCACUCAUGGUGAUCAUCGGGAGCAUGUUACUUAUGAAUCUAGGCAUUGCAGUCCUGUGGGAAGCCUUUGACGCUGCCAAUGAUGUGUCUGUGGCCCGCCCCGCAAUCUUAAAGGAAUCUGAAUGGAGGGUGUACCAGCUGCUAGGGACGGACUGGAUCAAGUACCUCAUGGUAGAGCUGAGCCAAAUCAAAGACGACGUUGGCGACUUGAUCCGCUCAGUUCCUCCAGUGGAUACAGAUGAUGCAGCAGUAGAUGAAAGCUUAUUUGGUUCAAGCUUCACAAAGGCAAUUUCCAGCUAUUGGUACAUGGGCAGAGACUGGAUCAGAAGGGCGGUUGAUAUCCGGUUCCCAGAACAAAAGAAACGCAUCCAAUCUGCCUACAUGAGCGCAAGGGCGUUUGCGCUUCGUUUAGCGACUCACAGGGCAACCUCUCCCGUGCUGAUGAUUCUCGUUUUCAUUGAUACCGGCGUCCUGUUUGCUCAGAGUGGGAGGGAAACUGGCGGGCUGCUCUCUAUUCUGGACCUAUUCACUAGUACAAUGUUCGUUGUCGAGUCAAUAGUUUUAUUACUGGCAUUUGGUAGACGGGGUAUGAAGAACGGUUUCAUCUUCCUGGACGUACUGAUUGGCCUUCUGGCCAUUUUAGAUGGAUUGCUAGCAGUUGUAUUGUGCCCGACUAUCAGUGGCUGCAGAGCGACAUCGGUAGAAUCUGACGGAGUUUUAGGAACAUUAGCUGUUAUUUCAGCAUUGAUGCGCCCUUUUCGAAUCUUCAAAGUAGUUAAGUGUUUCUGUCCGUUGAGGCUGACAGCCGAGAUGGUGUGGUCUGUGCAUAACUCCUUGAUACCUUAUGUGAUGUUGCUCUUCUAUUCUUGCGUCGUCGUGUCCCAGCUAGGCCUGUCCUUCUUUUACGACCCCAAAUAUACAUCUGUCCGAGCAAAUGAUGCUUCGCUCAACUUGACGAAAUACUUCAACUUUCAGAGUGCCGGGAACGCCGUGCUCCUUUUUCUCACUAUCCUCACAGGAGAAUCAUGGCACCUUUUCUUCAAGGAAAUACGUCUUGUAUACGGCGAAGAUGUGGACGAUCUCACCUUUGACGCCAACCAGUUGUCCGACAUUAUCCUGUCGUCCCCAACUCGGGUGGCAUCAAUAAGCACGUUCCUGUAUUUUGCUGUGCUUUUCCUACACUGUCUACUGUUUAACUUGUAUGGAGCGAUCCUGAUCAGCCAGUUUAUUCAAACACAAAAGACCCUCAGCGUGAAAUACGCAGCGAAAUUUAUUGUCGUUUGUCGUAACGCUGGAGUGCCGAUGCCUGCGGAAGACGCGCUUCAGGGUCACAAGGCGCAGGCACUGUACACGCAUGCCAACAUGCGCACAGACGAGCAACGAGAUGAGCUUAUAAAAUCUAUCAUUGUCGGGUCAGACAGAGAAAAGUCUGCAAAGGCACUAGGAGAAUUCGCUCACAAGACGUCAGUCGUUCUAGAUAUCUGCAAGACAGUUGCUCGGAAGAGUAGCCGUAUGGCAUCAAGGGCGAGUUCUAGUAGCAUCUCAUUGGGACGAGAUAGGAGCAGCAGCAACACCAACAGUGUUAUUUCUUUCUCUUCAGAGAGGCCUCAGAAAAGAUCGCUAAUAAGCGACACUCUUUUCGACAAGGCUGCCGCCGAACGUGGCAUUCCACAAUUAUUUGACCACUCCACAGAAAAAGUGGCGAAGAGAACCAAGCAAGAGUCAGGUUCCUUGUUCCUGAACAACGAUGAAAAUGGCUCAAACAUUCAGAAGGCAGAUGAACGCAGCGCUUUUCGAAUUUCAGACAUCAUUGCUAACGGUGUGAAACUGGAAACGACCAACAAGACAGCCGUCAAAUUCGCUCCGGAUGAAAGCACUGUAAUAUUGCCUGAUGCUUACGCUGGCUCAAAAUAUUGUUCAGCUGCAAGCUAUUAUACCCAAGAGGAAGAACUGUCGAUAACAGAGCUCUCCAGAAUGUGCUGGAGUGCAGUUAAGGAGGCCGUACACCAGGGCAAAGUCUUCCUGAGAGCAACAGCAGCUGCAGGGCUAGCGCAGAUUUCACCGACAGACCCAGAUAGUCCAUUGCUGUACUUAGCGUACGCUGGAAAUCUGGUUAGUGCCGACUGUGACGUGCUUUCCCACCCUUUGGCCAGCUCAACGAGCGACAACACGAAGACGGACCUCAGUCCAAAAGGAGUCAAUUCACUAGCAGAAUUAACAAACAAGUCGGGAUCAACGGUUAGCAGCAGCUUCCGUCCACGUAAUGUAGAAGUGGGCAUGCGGCAGCAGGAAUUCCACCACCUGCCAAGAGGCAUUCAGCUCGCAAUUUCAAAAUUUCGCGCUGCUGUCGAACACAUUCAGAAAGUAUGCGGAAUCACCGGCAUGGAUUGGUUAAGGCUAAUUAUCCAAAGUGCAUCUGUCUUGGAACUGGUUGUCAAUUCGUCCAUGAAGAGGGAAUCUUCCCUUAGGCGGGUGUUUGGCUUCACGGAAAUGGGAUUUCAAAUAAUAUUGACACUGGAUAUUUUGAUACGCGUCUGCUUUAGCAAAAAAGCUAGCUUUUUCCGCUCUCGUUCCAACUGGUUGGAUUUAGUAUUUCAAGCUGCUGGUUGGUCGCUCGUGACUGCCGCGCUUUCACUGAGCAGCGACGAGGUGAACGACAUAAUGGUGGAUAGCGUUUAUUUCAGAUUUGCGCAAUGUACGCGCGUGAUUCGCGGCAUAUGGAUCCUGCGUCUUUUCAAAGGCACGGGGAUGCACAGAUUGGUCCUUGCAAUGCAGGUGGCCUUACGCCGAAUAUUUCGCUUGUGUUUCAUCUUUGUUUUGCUUGUCAUAUUUUUCGUUCUCAACCUUCGAUUUUUUCUCCAGCCAGUAGCAGGUGUUCCUUCAAAAGUGCCUUUGGAGUACGCCAAUCUCACAAGCCUUGGCGAAAGCUUCUUAAGCGUAUUUAUUCUGACCACUUCUGAAGGCUGGCCGGGCAUCCUGAAGGACUUUCUGGACCUCGGAGAGCGCUACCGCCUGAUUACGAUUAUCCUUUGCAUUCUUGUGGUUGCUGUGCUUAGCGUUCUUGUUGUAAAUUUGUUCGUUGGUAUUAUUGUGGAUGUGUUGGAUCAAGAACAGGCAAACUUGGAGUACACUGGGGGAGUCAGGAGCUCAACAGUCCUUCGUUGGAACGAAAUGCAACGGGCUAUUUUUACUUCGAGCCUUAUAACCGAGAUAGUUGAACACCGCGGUGGCGACAAUCGAGGGGGCACCAAGUAUAAUGAGGGACUUGAUGCAAGAGAAUGGCUAAGGCGAAUCAUCACCAGCGCGCCGUUCGAUGUGGCGGUGGCAGUAAUUUCCUUUUUAUCUUGCUUGACAAUGUUAGUAGCGGGGGCGUGGGCUGAGACCGAUGUGCGGUGGUCUUUUCCUAGCUACCAGAAAUGGAUUUUUUGGAUAAAUGCAAUUGUUGUCCUAGCGUACGUUAUGGAACAAUGUGUCAGGCUCGCUGUUUUUAAAAUGGCCCUUUUUCAGAAGAGCAUCUACAUUUUGGACCUAGCGGUUGCAGGAAGCUCGUUGAUUGCCCUACUUGUGGGGCUAACUACUUCCCUGCAUACUGCUUUCCCUUCAGAACCCCUCUGGCCCGUUGCCUUCAGGAUGAUUCGGGUUGCCUAUGUAGUUUGCAAUCAUCUUCCUGUGAUGCGUAUUAUUUCUAUAUCUUUGUUUAAUGUGGUUGGCUCCCUCUGCAGGGUUGCGUUGUUUCUCUUCAUCACUAUCUUUUUUUACGGAUUGUUUGGGACAUGUUUGUUCUACGACGCACGUGUAGAGACAGAUCAGCAUUUUACUUUUGCAUCGCUUGGGGAGAGUUUUCUCUUGCUCCUGUCAUUCUCUACUGGCGAGGUUUGGCAUGACACCAUGCUGAAGAUCCGUGCUUUCUACUGUGCAAAGGAUUCGGCAGUGCUAGGGUGGUCAAUUUUGCCUUACGCAAUAUCGUUUGUUUCUGUGGCAUUUUUAUUGCUGAUGAAUUUGUUCACAAGCACUGUGUUGAAGGGAUACGUUGAUGCAAAGCGCAAUCAGUCCCUUUGGAAGGUUGCCCAGCAGCAACAAGAGUUGCUCAAUAAGUGGAGACUUCGGGAAAUGAAGCUCAGCUGGCUGCCGAUCCACGUAGCGGUGCAGGUUUUGGCAGAAAUACCACCGCCAAUAGGCUUCAAGGACCUAUAUGUUGAGUUGGGGACUCGCCGGAUGCAGGCUAUUCUUGCAAAUUUAUCUGCUUAUCCUCUUCCAGUUUAUAAAAACAGUGUGCACAUCAGAGACAUGGUGCUCACAACCACGUGCCGUGCAUGCGAGGCGCACGCCCAGCGCAGAGGGCCUCUUGCUUCGUUCGAAGCUGUUCAGAGCCAGCAAACUGUAGAACUUAAUCCAAGGCUUGUAAGUGCAUGGAUAAGCCGCUUCAGCGAUGCUGAUGUGUUGGCGGAGUUCAAUAUCUUGCAAUAUCUCGCGGCUCUGCAAAUUCAAGCAUUUUGGAGGACGCAAAGAUUACUGCAACGCAAAAGUGUUUCCGACCAACUCAGAUACAUGAAGCACUUACUCUUUCUUCUCGAAACGUCGGGGCCAAUUUGCUCGAGGAAACGCUCGAAGAAUGAAGGCCGCCGCAGUACCCUUCGCCGAAAACGUGGGACGAAGACUGGAGGGUCGUUUGUCCAGAAAAGCGCUGCCCUAGCACAACUAGGGACGCUGAAGUUGGAUCCAGAGAGGCGAGAUAGGCUCAAAGGCUGUUUGAAGCGCAUAGCAUGUGGGGUUUUAUCCAGACCCCACGGCAAAAGGCAAGCAAUUCCGGAAGUUCCAGCCAGAACUCAUCGGCCCUCCAUCUCGACGAGCGAACGACUUGCUCAAGAAGAGCAGCAGCAACGUCAGAAUUUGCUACUGCAUCGCAGUGAAAUAAGCGAAUGCAUCACUGAGCUAAUAGACGAGGGAAUGGCAACGGCAAAUGAGCAUCACCUGCACACUGACAACGAGUUCUUUGCUAAGCAUCAAGGUCAAGAAGCUGGUACUUCGAGGGCCGAACACAUAGAGGAGACCUCACGGCCCUGUGCAGGGACGGCUGCAAUCAUUGCAGGCACUCAUCUGGAGCCUUCAACCGAUACUGCAACAGCUGCUACACCGGGACGGUUGUCGGCAACAAGCACCACACACCUCCCGCUAAGAGCAAUCACUGCAGUUAAUUCUUCCGCAGAGGAGUUUCAUCAGGUUGCGGAACCCAAAACUACUACAGCGCCAAGGCGAUCGAGCAUGAGGGCCCCUCAGACAUUUGUUCCUCCACAGCAGCCCCGUAGAAGCCUGCGAAUUAUCCCUAUUGCACCGCAAUUGCAGCGAGCAUCAUUUUCUAACGUUGGGCAUGAAGAGGAGAUUGAUCAUCCACGACGACGAGGACAGUCUGUACAAUUUACAGGUGUAGAGAAGGUUGACCUCCAACUUCUUCUAGCACCAGCGUUAGCUCAACGCAGAAGCACCGAUUCGGAGUCUGAUACAGACAGCGACAGCUAG